CACAGCGCGGUUUGUAAUGUGUUCGGUACAACGUGCAUAAUGCCGUCUCUGUACAAACCCCCUGAUUUACCUAGGAUUGUAGAGAACAUAAAAUUUCAGCUGUGCAAUGAAGGUGACUUAAAAAGGUUAAGUCACGUUCAGGUUCUAAAGUGUCUUCUCUAUGCGGAAGGGCAAAGCAAUAGACGAGCCUUAGAUUACGGCCUUUUAGAUCCAAGACUUGGUGCAAAUAAGAGAGAUGAGCUGUGCGCUACUUGUGGCUUGGACUAUCAAACAUGUAUUGGUCAUUGGGGGUACUUCGAUUUACCGACGCCAAUUUAUCAUGUGGGAUAUACUUGGCAUAUAGUAAAAAUACUACAGACUAUCUGCAAAACUUGCUCGCGUGUUCUCCUCUCUGAGCAACAACGUGCCAGGUUUUUGAUUAGUUGUUCUAACCCAAGUUUGGACUACGUACAUAAAAAACAACUCAGAAAGGCGAUACACAAAUUGUCUAGCAGGAUACAUGUCUGCCCGUUCUGCUCAGCGCUUAAUGGUGUUGUUACGAAAGGUACGAGUCUUUCGUACGUCGUUCAUGAUAUAUUUCGACAUGCAAAAGCAAAAGUCGAUGAUUAUGUAAAUCAUUUCGCAAAAGUAAUCACAGAAAAUACGGAGUUAGCGCCAGUUGUUCGUAAAGGUUUGGAGAUUAUACGACCCGGAAAGGCUCUGCAAUUGUUUUCUAAAAUUCCAGAAGAAGAUUUGCCAUUACUUCUCAUGCCUUCUGACUCUCAAUGGAUGACUCACCCACGAAACUUAAUUGUUCAGAGAGUGCCUGUCUGCCCAAGUGCUAUCAGACCAUCAGUUGUUUCCGAAGUCCGUAGUGGAACUAAUGAAGAUGAUCUUACUCAAAUGUAUCAAUGGAUAUUAGCUCAGGCAGCAACAAUUGAAGAAGAUAUCGGGGAGGCGGAUCAAAUCGCGUGCCUAGAUAACUUACACGCUGAAUUUGCACGGCUAAUUAAUUCACAACAAUCAGGUUUGCCUCCUGUUCAAGAUCAUAAGUUUAUGCGUGGUUUACUUCAAAGGCUAGCUGGUAAACAUGGUCGAUUUCGUGGUAGCCUAUUGGGUAAACGAACGAAUUUUACCGCCAGAACUGUUAUUUCACCAGAUCCAAAUAUGCGAAUUGAUGAGGUAUGCAUCCCAGUUCACUGUGCAAAAUUGCUAACAUAUCCUGAACGUGUGACUGAUUUCAAUCUGAAUUUUCUCCGAUCUCUUGUACUAAAUGGACCAAAUAACUAUCCUGGAGCUAUGUUUGUUAGUUAUAAACUACGUGGUGAGAGGAAACGUCAAGCCGAAGCAUCUGGUACUUCUGAUGUAGUAAAACGUUUCUUGGCAUCUGAACGUGCACGUGAAGAUGUGGCAAAAUAUUUACAAUCAGGUGAUAUAGUUGAAAGACACUUAUUGGAUGAUGAUAUUGUACUAUUUAACCGUCAACCCUCACUACAUCGUGUAUCUAUUCAAGCAUUCAGAGCGGUUGUUAAACCUUUUCGAACUUUUCGCUUCAAUCCAUGCUGUUGUACACCAUUCAAUGCAGAUUUCGAUGGGGAUGAAAUGAAUAUACAUCUUCCACAAACUGAAGCAGCUCGUGCAGAAGCAAAACAUCUUAUGCUGUCUCUCAAGAAUAUUGUUAGCCCUAAAAAUGGUGAACCAUUAAUUUCACCAAUUCAAGACCUAAUCACUGCAACACAUUUGUUGACCUUGAAAGACGUUUUCCUUAAUCGUGAUCAGGCUUGUACUUUAGCCUCUCAACUAUUAGCUGGUAACCAUUUGGGUCGACUUUUAAGUUUACCGAAACCGGCUAUAUUAUGGCCUGUUGCUCUAUGGACUGGUAAACAGAUAUUUGGUCUCAUUCUUUCACCGCAUCCAUCCACUGGAAUUAAGGUUAACCUUCGGGUACCAACAAAGUCUAUGUAUUCAUCGAAAGGUUCAGAAAUGUGUCCAAAUGAUGGUUUUGUUCUAAUUCAAAAUAGUGAGCUCCUUGCGGGAUGUGUAGAUAAAAAGUUACUUGGGGGUGGAAGCAAGUCAAGUAUAUUCUACACAUUACUUCGAGAUUAUGGUAGAGAAGCUUGUGCGGACGCUAUGUGGCGUUUAGGAAGAAUUGCUUUGUUUUUCCUGGCACAUCGAGGUUUUUCGAUCGGACUUGGUGAAGUAAUGCCCAGCUCAGAUCUUGUUGCAUCUAAAACAGCAGUGAUUAGUCGUGGAUUUGCCACCUGUGAUGAUUAUAUCAAUCAAUAUCAGAUGAAUACACUAGUCUGUAAUCCAGGAUGUAGUAUGGAGGAUACGCUUGAAUCUAAUAUAAGUCAAGAGUUGUCGAAAAUUCGUGACGAAGCGGGAGCAGCUUGUAAACGUCAGCUUCACCCAUCGAACUCACCACUGGUCAUGGCUCAGUCAGGGUCAAAAGGUUCAUUUCUCAACAUAUCUCAAAUGAUUGCUUGUGUUGGCCAACAAGUAAUUGGUGGAAAACGUGUUCCAGAUGUCAUUAAUGGACGCAGUCUAGUUCAUUUCCCUCCAGGUUCACGAACACCUGAAGCAAAAGGUUUUGUUGGAAAUAGCUUUUAUUCAGGUCUUUCACCAUCUGAAUUCUUUUUCCAUGCUAUGAGUGGUCGUGAAGGAUUGACGGAUACUGCUGUAAAAACUGCAGAUACAGGUUAUAUGCAACGAAGACUAGUCAAGUUUCUUGAAGAUUUAGCGGUGGCUUACGAUGAUACUGUACGUGAUAGUCGGGGCGAUAUAAUUCAAUUCCGUUACGGUUCCGAUGGCCUGGAUCCUUUAGAAAUGGAGACAGAUACAUUUCCUGUGAAUUUUAUCAAAGAAAUGGAACAUAUAAGAACUAGUUAUGAUUGCCCUCAUGAAGUUGGAAUGUCUGCUGAAGAGUUAGAACUAGCAGUAGAGGUUGUCUUUCAACUUGAUGCAUUUCGACAUUUAGAUAGUCGCUUAUGUUCAGCAAUCAAAGAAUUUAUACACCAUUCAGUUUGUCCGAAAAUUCGUAAAUGGCAAGAAUGGUGUACAGAAAAUGCAAAUGGGUCACAUUUAAUCAAUCAAAAUGAACGUCUGACUAGAACACAACUACGUAUAUUUUUGACACAUGUUAAAGAGAAAUAUGAGAAAGCUUUAAUUGAACCAGGUACUGCUGUUGGUGCAUUAUGUGGUCAAUCUGUUGGUGAACCAGCUACGCAGAUGACAUUAAAAACAUUUCACUUUGCUGGUGUAGCCAGUAUGAAUAUUACACAAGGUGUCCCACGUAUGCGUGAAAUUGUUAAUGCAGCAGCCAAAAUUAAAACACCAUUAAUUUGUGUUACUUUAACUGAUCCAUUCUCAGCAUCACUAGCGCGUCAAGUUAAAUUGUCUAUUGAACCAACACGACUAGCAGAUAUAUCAUUAUCAUUAAGUCAGUGUUUAACACCAGAAUAUGUAUAUGUUGCUAUUAAAUUAGAUAAAAAAAGAAUGGAUAGACGUGGGAUUACAACACCUCAAGUCGCUACAGCUAUUCAAACAACUAAGUUAAAGAAGACCAAAAUAUCGCGUGUAACCUAUGCAAAAGAUUAUAUAUUCGUAUAUCCAGUGGAUUUGAAUGCAUUGGAAACAGUUGUCAAAUUAGUUGAAGAUGUUAUUGUUAAAGGCAUACCUGGCGUAUCUCGUGUUGUAAUUCAACAGGAUAAAGGUGAACAUAGAAUUUUUGUUGAAGGAGCUCGAUUACGUGAGGUAAUGUGUAUACCAGGCGUCGUAGCUGAACGUACACAAAGUAAUAAUAUUUUAGAAGUGGAACAAGUGUUGGGUGUGGAAGCAGCUCGACGUGUUGUUAUUGAUGAAUUACUAGCCGUUAUGGAAGGUCACGGUGUCGAAGUUAAUGUACGUCAUGUAAUGCUGUUAGCUGAUGUUAUGACUAAUAGGGGUGAAGUAUGCGGUUAUCAGCGAACUGGAAUGGCGAAAGCGAAAAAUAGUGUACUUUGUUUAGCUUCUUUUGAACGAACUGGUGAUCAUUUGUUUGAAGCUGCCUAUCAUUGUCAAGAUGAUCAAUUGACUGGUGUUACGGAAAACAUCAUUCUAGGGAAUCCAACUAGAGUUGGAACUGGAACAUUCGAUCUGCUAAGUGAUAGAUAUCCUUUAUUGCUUAAAAAAAUAUUUGGGAUUUUGUUUGAAUUGAAAUAUUAAGGUCUUUUAAAAUUUAUUAGCAAGUGAAUAAUUUUUUCAGUAUGCAACUUAAGAACUACCUAGAAGUUCAUAUACUCCACUUUAAACUACAAUUUUUCUGAGAAUAUAAUGAUACAAAUCUAAAUAAAUGUGGUACGGUGUUCCAACCUGUAAUCAAAUCGUUAAAAUUACGGUUUUUCUAUAAACUUUAAAUUAUCAUCGCUUCACACUCGGUUAAAACCGUUCACAAGGUUCCUGUAAAAUUACCAUAAAAAUGUAGUGUUGAUGACUACUGAAUAAAGGAAUUCGCAUCUCAUAUCUGAUAUAUUGAACCGUGUUAUUGGAAGUAUCUAUUAUUAGUUCUAGAAAAUUCAACGUUUCAACCGUUUGUUAAACUUAGUAGUCCUUGUUUGAUACAUUUUGAAUGAGUCAGUGUAGUUUAAGCAUAACGUCAAUGUCUAAUCUCACUUUGUAGGCUCAUGUAAUAUUGAAAUUAAAGUAUAUUCCAAUCGCUCUGGAAUUACUAAACUAUUCUGUUAUCUGUUGCUUACCGAACAGCUUGUAUUAUACUUGUGUUGGAUCUACAAGACAGAACAUCUAUUCUACUCGCGUAUCCAGCAUUCAUUUAAUUAGAUGAAUAAUUAAAAAGUGUCAGGUUAUGCUAAAAAUGUAAUUCAUAUCACUGGUGUUUUUUUGGAUCACAUUUAUUGUUUUAAAUUAUAAAAUGAUAUAGAGGGUAAAGUUCUGUGCGUGUUAAAUGUUGUAGAACUUGCCUCAUUGGUCUAAACUCUUAACUUUCAGCUAGUUAUUUAUAGUGUUUAGCUCUAUCGUAUCUCGUAUCAAUAUGUUAACAGUCAUUAAUUUUACAAUUAAGCAUAAUACAAUAUGAAUAUAUUUAUAUCCCAGAUUUUUAUAUUAUUCUAAUGGUUGUUAACGUUGUAUAUUCGAACAUAAACAGAUUGAUUGUAUAGCCUUCAGUUAAUCUUUCUUUCUUUGUUGAACAAAUGAAAGGAUCACUUACAUUUUAUUUAUCGAUCAACAGAGAAAACUUUAUACUCGUUUCUUUGGACAGAAAUCUUAAUAAUUCUGACAUUUAGGUGAAGAUUUUCUAGUAGACAUAUAUACGCCUUUUCAAUGCUUAAUCCAUAAACUAAUCUUAAUUAAGCUUUCAUUGAAAAUUGAAAGUGAUGGAUGACCGUUUCGCCUUAGCAUAAAACCCCUCUGUCUCUGCUUGCGAUAGUCGGACCUAUAACUUUCGGUUUCGCAUGUGAACGUCUAACCUCUAGAUUACCGUGUCGGCAACCAAUGUUAUACAUGCCUAACUUUAAUCAAUUUACGAUAUCACGUAACCCCCAUCCAUUGAUUGUGAUGAAUUACUGUUUCACAUCCAACAUGGUUAAACUCUACUAGUUACAACUUCUCGUCAGAACUUCAGGACUUUAAUCUAAUCACUAGUGAACAGAUAAUCAUUAUUAGUACAAUAGGGUUUGUAGGAUUUUCAUAGUUUAAAUUAUGAAGUGAUCUUAGUCUUGUCACUGUGGUAACUAUCAGUAAAAUCUAAAAAAAAACACAUAAUAAUUUGUCAUUUAUCUCUGUUACUAAUUUUCCAGAUACGUUUUAAAAAUAAAAAAUCGUUGAUUGUUAUAACCUUAAUUAGAUUUUGUUUUUAAACUAUUAUCUACAUGGGAGAAAAAUUUACAACUUGACAUUAAACCAACAUUGUUGAAUUUUUAAAAUUAACAAAUUCUACUGUGUUUUUUUUUUAACAUCGUCGUCAUGAUACAUUUCUAUGUGUAUGUGUAUGUGUACAUAAAAAUGACUUGACUUAUUUCAUUGUACAAAUUUACAUUUCUUAACCAUCUAUUUAUAUUUUCGUUAUUACUAUGAUAAAGUGUAAAAGAAAAUUAGUUCUCUCUUUCUCUUUACAAUUUUCAUUGAGAUGCAUCUAUUGUCAAUUUCAUUUGUUUUAGAGAAUCAUUAAAUGAAAAUAAACUAUGCUUCUAUCUAUAUUGUAUCAUUUGUUUUAUUUAUAUUAAAUAGCUAUUGAAGCAAUUAAACAGUUAUGUUAUAUCGCUUAUUUUAGCUAAAUGAAUUCUAUCCAUUAAUUCUUCACUGUAACUAACAAACUGAAGUAUUUUGAUAUACUGUCACAUUUUAUUAAAAAGUAUUUAUUACUAGUUUAAUUUAAGAGAUUUAUGAUUGUAAAUUUUACUGUUUACAUAGUUGUAUCAAGUUACUAUAUUGGCUUAGAAUGGGAGAAUGUAACAAUAAUUUGGAAAAUAAACCAAUUUAACACCUAAAAUUACAGGGA